AUGUUCCACGCCUAUCCCGGUGAGCGACGAGACUUGCAGUGGGUUACUGUAACCUUGACCUCCAUCGCCACCAUACUUUUGAUCUCCCGCAUUUCCCUUACCAUCAAGAAUAGGGGUUGGCUGGGACUCGAAGAUGGAUUUGUUAUCGCAGCCAACGUAAGUGCCCAUAUCCGAGCAACACGAAGCGACACUGACGGAGACCAGCUAACAUGUGCAUUGCAGUUCUUCUGGCUUACUCAACUCUUUUACACGCUAACCAACGGCUUCAACAAAAUGGCAUUUGUAGCCCUGUACUACCGCGUAUUUCCCAUGAAACGGUUCAGGCAAGUGUGUCUGUUCUUAGGCGGUGUGUCUGUCGCAUGGACAGUGUCUUUUGUGUUUAUCGUUGUCUUCCAAUGUACACCGAUACACCGCGUAUUCAAUCGUACAAUCCCAGGAACGUGCAUUAACUUCUUCUGGCACCGAUGGUUGAACGCGAUCUCGAACCUCUUGACCGAUAUCGCGAUCUUUAUUAUGCCUAUACCAGUAAUCAUUCGUCUGAACAUGUCGUUGGGCUCCCGGAUCGGCCUCGUGGUGCUCUUCUCCAUGGGCUUCUUCAUCUGCCUUACGACGGCCCUUCGCAUGGCGACGCUACCAUUGACCCUCCGGACCAAAGACCCCUCGUGGGAGUCUGCGCCGACGAACCUAUGGAGUUUUAUCGAAGCAGCGAGUGGUGUCAUUUGCGCAUGCCUGAUUAGUUUGCGGAAAAGCAUCACAGCCCUGUGGCCCAAGAGAUGGACCAGUAGCAAAGGCACGAGUGGCGCAUAUCGGCAGUAUGACCAUAAUACACCAUCGGCCCAAGGGGCGCCUAGAUCGAGGGGACGUACGGCUGAUAAUGCAUACCAUUCGUAUGCGAUGAGCAACGUCAAGGGGAAUACCGGUCGUUCAGACACAUACGUCAACGGGAGUCCUAGUGAAAGCCAGGAGCACAUUAUCGAGCAGUCGAAGACAACAACACAUCACGUCAUGACCAGCCGCCCGCGAAGCAGUGACAGCGGAAGUGAUAAGACUGAGGUCCAGGGCAUAACAGUUACGACAGACGUCAAGGUCAUUAGAAAUUAA